CAAAUAUGGAUGACAUUUUCAAACGAUCGGAUUUUUACUCUGACAUACAGCUCAUAAAAUGGCUGGGUCAAUGGCCGGGUCAGUCCAAGAUGACGGACUAUAUUCGAAGAUUCGUGGCGAUAUCACUUAUGAAAUAGGUAAUCAAAUUUUGCGAAUUACGAGACAAUAUAUACAACAUGAUGGAUUGCUUACCAAUGCUGGGACUACAUUUUGCAGGAAUAUCCAAAUUUCUGAAUUGGAGCUAUCACCGAAGAAAGGUGGUGCAGUUACUGAAUCACAUGCAAUACGACUGGAAUAAUUUAAAGAACGAAUCUGAUUCAAGCGUAUUGGACAAGUUCUGUCAUCCUGAUAGAAGUUUAUUCACCGCUUAUGCAAUUGGAAUAUAUGGAACGACUGCAGUUUAUUUUGUUACACCUUUUGUUCCAAUCGUCUUGAAUAUUAUACUUCCCUUGAAUGAAUCUCGACCGCAUCUGUAUCUGUAUCACACGGAGUACUUCGUAGAUCAGAAUGAGUAUUAUUAUCCUAUCCAAUUGCAUGCGUAUCUAGCGAUAUCGGUGUCUGUCACAUGUCUCGUUUCAUUUGACCAAAUGUGCGCCAUGUUCAUUCAUCAUGCCUGUGGAAUGUUCGAAAUAUUGAAACUACAUUUACAGAAUCUGCAUAACACUUUGCUGACCAAUGAUGGAAAGAACGUAACGACAGCAGAGGAGAGAGCUAUUCAAGAAAUAGUCUAUUGUCUUCAGACGCAUAAUCGAAUUUUCGAGUUUCUGGAUGUCGUGGAAAUUUGGGAUCAAAUGAUAAUGCUCAUGGUUGGAGCAGGGAAUACCUUGAUUAUAACAGCUUGUGGAGUUGGAGGUAUAUUGAAUCAUCCGGACUUUUGGGGAGUUAUAAGAUUAUUUCUCUUCAAUUAUGGAGCUAUUAUUCACUUUUUUUAUAACUGUUGGCAAGGACAUUUAAUUUUAAAACAAGGUGAAAGUAUUUUCAUAGCAGCUUAUCAAAAUGACUGGUACAAGUUACCUUGCCGAGUCCAACGAAUGCUAUUACCAGUCAUGGCAAAGAGUAUAAAACCCUGCGAAUUAACGGCUGCUCACUUGUUUCCUAUGACCCUGACAACUUUUGGAAUGGUGAGGCCAACGAUGUCUGCAGGAAUCACAGAAAAAUUAAACCUUGAAUUACGUUCAACAAAUCGUCUGUUACACUGUCCAAACCUUUGUUCUCCGAUUGAAUUGAAGGCCAUGAGAGCCGCCAUAUCGUACUUUACCCUUUUCCAAUCAAUGAAAUAAUGGAAUUACGAUAUCUACGAUGCUAUGGAAGAAUUAAUCUACAUAAUAUCUUGAAUGUAUCGUGCAUAAUAUUCAUCAAAAUUGUUGCUGUCAGGUUGCAAAGUUCACCCUUCGAUGGCUGCGUCUUGCCCCAUUCGAUGUAGUAUUGUCAGCAAAAUGUCAGUCAGUUGGAUUAGCUACCGUAACGCAUUUGACAGCACACGACACAUGAUCUCAUUUUCUAAAUGAAAUUUGUAAUGAAACUCCUGAAAUGAUAGUAUUAAAUUUCAAUUAUAUUA